CAUUCAAAUUUCUUUCCAAGAUUUAUUGGUACUUGCGGUAGAGUUAUAGUAGAAGAUUAUGUUGGACCUACACUGACAGAACAGGGCGAUGAACCUUGGAUUGUACGAGCAGAUUAUGCCCGACAGUUGCUGGAAAUGGCACAGCAGUUUUCUUCUGGAACUUUUGCCCUCUACUUGACUGAUGUGUCACUUGACAACUUUGCUGUCGGUGAUGAUGGCAGUGUUAAAGUUAUAGAUGCCGAGAACAUUGUUAUUGUUGACACAACUUCCAGAGGACUCAAUGUCACAGAGCAUGUGAAUGAUGGAUUUGGAUGUGCUGAUUGUUUGAGCUUUUCUUACGAAGAUCUCUGUGGUCAUGUCUCAUCAGAUCAUAAUUUCUAUGCUGUGUGUAAGGGAAUGCUAUCAUCAUCUGCAUUUUCUGAAGACCUUCCUCAAGGCCUUCUACACAGCCCACCGAUAUGGCUUAUCAAAAAUUCCGGAACUUUUUCCCCUUGUUGAAAAAUGUGGUCAUCAUCCUCUCAAUAACCCUAACAAGCCAACACCAAAUAGACGAGCAGCAGCUAGAGAUCUCCAUACACUUCUAGUCAAUAUUAUAGAGCAAUACUAUACAUAAUAAAGUCUCUGUUACUACACAAUUGUUUUAGUGAUGGCAGGUUGACUCUUGAUUGUUAAUGUAGAAGAAAAAUUAAAGUUCUGUUUCUUUGUC